AUGGCAUCAACUAAAAAUGAAGACGAAGGUGGUAUUGGCAAUGAUACUUAUUCAGGUUUCUUUCAUCGAUCUUUAUCCCCUCAUUCAUUUGAUAGACUACGUUCUGAACAUAGUGAUUAUUUUUAUAAACCAAAACGUGGUCCAUCAACAUGUAAAUCAAAUGUAACAAUAACAAGACCAAUUAAAACAUUUGAAACAGUAACAAAACUUGUCGAACUAUUAUCAAAAGGUAAUAAUAUAAAACUACCUAGUAAACAAAAUGUUGAAGAUAUGGAAUCACCACCAUUAUCAAAAAAAUUUGAUGAUCAAAGAUCAUCAUCACAUUAUUCGAGUUUUUUAUCAAUGGAUGGAGGAGAUUUAUCAUCAUCAACAUCAACUAAUUCAUCAGCAUUUUCAUCAAGAUCAAAUUCAUCUAUAUCAACAGUAGCUGAACAGGAAACACAAGUUAUUAUUAUUGAUGAACCAGUAUCUUCACUAACUGAAACUACUUCAUUCUCUUCAAAUUCCGAAGUAAAUAAAACAAUUACUGAUGAUGAUACAAAACCUAAUUUAUCAUCUCCAUGUCAUGUACCAGCUAUUGGAUUAAAUAUAACAGCAACUAGUAUACAUCUUGUUUUACUUGAACUCUAUCCUCAAAAUGUUGAUUAUUCUACAAUACUUUUUCAACGUUAUCUUAUAUCAUUAAUUAUUAAUAAUGAAUAUAAAGAUUGGUCAAUAUUAAAUGUUGAUUUACAAACUAUAACUGAACAAGAAGCAAAUUUUCGUUUAUUUACAUUAACACAUGAAGAAUUUGAUCUUGUUCUUAUACAUUUACAAUCAUUCAUACGUUAUAAUUCCUCACUAGCUUCAUCAUUUGUUCUCAAUAUUGCUUUAACAGGUGAACAAACAAAUGAAUAUGAAUUGAAAAUUUCAUCUCGUUUAAAUAAAAUCAAUUUAAAUUUUGAUAUUAUUCAAUAUCGUGCUGAAUCAUAUAUGAUUGGUUUAGAUUUUUUUCUUCGAAAAAAAAUUCGAAUUAAUAAUGAAGAAGAUGAAUUUAUUGAAAUUAUUAAUCAUAAUCAUAAAAUUAAACAAGAUAAAUAUGAACGUUAUCCUUAUAUACUUGUUCAUGCUGAAGCAUCAAGUACAUUUUUUUAUAUUGUUCAUUCAUCAAGUAAAUAUUCAGUAAUAACAUCAAAUAAUUUAUGUUAUAAAACUUAUUUAAAUUUAAUGAAAUUUUUUCAACCUGGUUUUAAUACAAAUGAUGACGAACAAAUAAUGCCAGCAUCUUCAUCUCAUCUAUUAUCAUCACCAUUUACUAUUCGACGAUCUCCACCAAUAUCAUUUGAUUUUAAUCGCCAAGAUCUAUGUAAAAAUUGUCAUCGUUCAUCAUCAAUCUAUUCAUCACAAAUACCAAUAACAAGUUUUACACGUUUAUCACAACGAUAUUUUCCUAAUGAUUAUUCUAUAUCAAAUAAACCACAUUAUAUUUAUCGUGGUUGGUCAAAUAGACGAACAGCAUCAUAUGAUAAAAAUAUUACUACAUAUGAUGUUCAUACACAAACUGAUGAUAGUUUUCUGGAAUUAUCAUCAUUACAAAUACAUUUAGCAAUGCGUCGGUCAUUAUUGUCAAUGAUUACAAUGAAUAUAGCAUUAACAAUAAAAUUAAUAUGUAAACUUUAUCCAUCAGUUAAUUAUUGUAUGUUAACUGGAGAAUUUUUUCAAUUAGAAAAACAUGUUCUACAAGAUUUAAAGAUAUUUAUUCAAUCAAUUAUGGAACAAAAUAUACCAUAUAUUUGUCAAUUAAAAUGUGAACCACUUAUAUCUGCAUUUGGUUGUGCACUUCCUCGAAUUUAUUUCGAUAUUAUUAAUGAUGAAGGUGUUUUAGGCAAUGAUUGUAUUAGUUAA